AUGGGUGAUGGAAGGGCGGGCAAUUCCGGCAGCAGCAAGCCGGAGUGGCUGGAGCAGUACGAUGUGAUCGGUAAAAUCGGGGAGGGGACUUAUGGGUUGGUGUUCUUGGCGAAGAUUAAGUCCAAUCGCUCGAAAUCCAUAGCUAUCAAGAAAUUCAAGCAGUCCAAAGAUGGGGAUGGAGUUUCUCCGACCGCCAUUCGUGAAAUCAUGUUGCUUCGGGAGAUUCCCCAUGAGAACGUGGUGAAGCUUGUAAACGUGCACAUCAAUCAUGCUGACAUGUCACUUUACCUGGCCUUUGACUAUGCUGAGCAUGAUCUUUAUGAAAUUAUCAGACACCAUAGGGAUAAGGUUAGCCAGGCGAUCAAUCAGUACACCGUUAAGUCAAUACUGUGGCAGCUUCUUAAUGGUCUAAAUUAUCUUCACAGUAAUUGGAUUGUUCAUCGAGAUCUGAAGCCAUCAAAUAUCCUGGUAAUGGGUGAUGGGGAAGAACAUGGAGUGGUAAAAAUUGCUGAUUUUGGGCUUGCUAGAAUUUACCAAGCUCCCUUAAAGCCACUAUCGGAGAAUGGGGUUGUAGUGACCAUUUGGUACCGUGCACCUGAGUUACUAUUAGGAGCUAAACACUAUACAAGUGCUGUUGACAUGUGGGCUGUGGGUUGCAUCUUUGCUGAGCUUCUCACUUUAAAGCCACUAUUUCAAGGUCAAGAAGUAAAAGGGACACCCAAUCCAUUUCAGCUGGAUCAACUUGACAAAAUAUUCAAGGUCUUAGGGCAUCCAACUCCAGAAAAGUGGCCAACACUGGUGAAUCUUCCCCACUGGCAGUCUGAUGUGCAACAUAUUCAAGGGCACACAUACAACAAUGCUGGACUUUACAAUGUAGUUCACCUCUCUCCAAAAAGUCCAGCAUAUGACCUCCUCUCCAGGAUGCUUGAGUAUGACCCCAAAAAAAGAAUAACAGCCUCCCAAGCUCUUGAGCAUGAGUAUUUUCGCAUGGAACCUUUGCCGGGUUGCAAUGCCCUGGUUCCUCCACAACCAGGAGAGAAAGUUGUGAAUUACCCAACUCGGCCUGUGGACACGAGCAUUGAUAUUGAAGGAACAAUCAGUCUCCAGCCCUCUCAACCGGUAUCAUCUGGAAAUAAUAUGUCAGGUGCCAUGGCAGGGCCUCAUGGGAUGCAGAACAGAUCUAUGCCUCGUCCGAUGCAGAUGGUUGGCAUGCAACGGAUCCAACCUUCGGGAAUUCCAGCCUAUAAUAUUGCUUCGCAAGCGGGAAUGGGAAAUCCUGGAGGCAUCCCAAUGCAGCGGGGUGUUGCUGCGCAAGCUCAUCAACAGCAGCAGCAGAUGAGAAGGAAAGACCCGGGUAUGGGGAUGACUGGAUAUCCUCCGCAACAGAAGAGGCGCUUCUGA